AUGUCUGCCUCCAUGCCUCCAUGCCUAAGAAGUCUUAGACAUGAUUUAUUAUACUAUAAGACUGCUAAACAUUCCCUAUUCUUGUUACCAAUUGUCAUUCCUUGAAAGGAAUGGUUAGUGUGAGAAGCUUAUCUGCUUACGUAAACAUAUUUAUAGGCCUACGGCCUAAUUUGAGACGGAAUUUGUGUAACUUCAAAAAAGAGGUACCACUGACAGUGACACAGACACUGAAAAUGUGUUCAUCCUCAGGAAGUAGUUGUGUAGGUCUCGUAGGAAGUUAUGAAGAGUCACAGCUUCAGGAAAUAGGUGUAACGUCCAUAGAAAGCAAUAGCGCCGCCCGUGAAGAUGUCGCACCGCUAAAAAACGUGGAACCCAUCUCUAAAAAGGCACGUAAGAGGCAACUCAGAAGACAGCGCAUGGAAGAAGCGAAAAAGAGGAAAAUAGAGAAGAAAGAGAAAAAGUGUGUUUUUGAUGAUGAAAAGUUUAGUGAAACUUCAUAUUAUACUGAGAAUGGUCUUCGAAAGGUAUACCCAUACAAUUUCACAUUUUCAACUUACGCAAAAGGCCGUUGGGUUGGCAAGAAGCUGUAUGAUGUGAUGACAAAAGAAUUUCGGUCAUAUACACCGGAACGUUAUGAAAGAAAUAUCAAUAAUGGAGCGAUAUUAAUAAAUGGAGAACCAACCACAUUGGAUCAUCUAUUAACAGAUAAGGAUCUUAUAUCCAACACAGUACAUAGGCAUGAGUUGGCCGUUACUAUGGACCCUAUUGAUAUUCUGCAUCUAUCGGACGAUCUAUUGGUGAUCGACAAACCUUCCUCAAUUCCUGUGCACCCAUGCGGCAGAUAUCGACACAACUCUAUCAUUUUCAUCCUGGGCAAACAGUACGGACUCAAAGAAUUACGAACGAUUCACAGACUGGAUCGGCUGACGUCUGGAGUGCUCAUAUUCGCGAGGGAGUGGCAGCGAGCCAACCAGAUGACGAAGGAGCUCGUGAACAGGGAUGUGGAAAAGACCUACGUCUGUCGCGUCGCGGGAAAAUUCCCAGAUGGGAUCAUUACUGUUGACCAGCCGUUGGAUUGCAUCUCUCAGAAGAUUGGCAUAUUCUGGGUGCAGCCGACCGGAAAGACGGCGCAGACCGACUUUGAACGACUGAGCUACAACGGAAAGACGAGCGUUGUGAGAUGCUCCCCGCGCACAGGCAGGACGCACCAGAUCCGAGUGCACCUGCAGUUCCUUGGCCACGCCAUCAUCAACGACCCCAUCUACAACAGCGACGUGUGGGGCCCGAACGCAGGCCUCGGGGGCAAAUACGACAAGACCAAGGACGAGAUCAUCAGAGACAUGCUGAUCGCACACGACAGGGAUGCGUUUGCCGACGACCUUGACCCGGACAACGAGGUCGCGACCCUUGGUGGAGAGGUCACGACCCUGGAUGGAGAGGUCGCAACCCCUGGGCUCGAGGUGCUUGCGAACGCCGCGGCGAGCGUUGGUGAUUCCGCGCACCACAGCGCGAUCCAAAAGCCGACGACUCCGCCACCAUCACCGACGGCUGCUGGCGCGUACCCCACGCGCAGAGCCCCACCACCGUCCCCGCCAGCCGCCGCCGGCGCGUCCCCCACGCGCAGAGCCCCAAGCGGCGGCACGAGCCGGUGUGACUGGCGGCAGACGCUCGACCGGUACAUCGCUGCUGCGGCGAGCGCACCGAUCAGGACGAUGCUAGAGGGCGCUGCCACACGGACGCCGGCGGCGUUCAACGCGGCGGGGGCGCCGGCGGACGACGGCUGUGACGAGUGCAGGCGCUCGUACCGCGACCCGGUGCCGAGCGAGCUGGUCAUGUACCUGCACGCGCUCAGCUACAAGGGUAAAGACUGGAGUUACUCAACAAAGAUGCCAGAGUGGGCCAGUGAAGAAUGGAUUGCCACAGAUCCAAGCGACGCUUCAUGACCAUUGACGUUAAUUUUGUUGUGGUGAUAAUUUUAUGCUCAGCGUGCCGUAACGAUAGUAAAAACAAUGUCGGUCGUGCGCUUUUGAAAAUGUUGCCGUGCAUACAGGGGAAAUAUGGAAUUGCGAUAAAUAAAACAAAAACAAUAAACAUAUAAAGAUGUAAUGCUUGUCUGUAUUUUCUCGUGUUGCUGCAUAGCAACGACAAAAAAUACUUUAUACGCGAGUCUCCUGACCCAGAAUACAUAAAGACCGAUGCUAUGAUGAUUACGAGACAAUCGAAAAAGCACUAUUUAGCGUGAACAACUGCCUUUACGCUAACAUUGCGUCGAAACACGAGACUCUUCGGCAAGAAAGUUGCGGAUCAUUCGAUUCACUGGUUUCACAAUGUACACGUUGAGAACCAAAAAAAAAAGAUGGCGAAUCUGGAUUAUGCCCUCCUUGAGAAUGCACCGAUUGUACGCUCUGCAUCAUUACGCGCAGCAACUACUGACCGAGAAUGUAACACGUUUACAAUCUGGUUAAUCGUGUUUAAUCGGUACCGAAAAAUCCUCCUUAUCACAAUAAAUGUAAAUAAAUCGACGAUAUAUACGCCGGACUUCAUGCGUCGAUGCUCGUGUAAGCGUUGGAUGUAGCGAGAUAUAUAUAUAUAUAUAUAUAAUUGUUGCGUGUACAUACGCUGCGUGACUAGGGUUACACGGAGUAAACAUACGUGCAUGGCCUACGUGAAGAAUAGAAACUGCUUCGUGAGAUCUGUGCGGGUUGGCCGCGCCUGCAGUGGCAGCCACGCCUUCCACAGCUGUCCGCAUGUGCAGAGCCAAAACGUGACCAACUGUGCGGUAAGAGAUUGCAUCCAAGCGUGCAUCGAACACUGCAUCGUAAAUUUCAGAAUGUGCGCAGGACCACCAAACACGAUAUGUAUAUAAAGCUACAUAAUAAAUAACAAGCGUACGAAUAUAGCGACCGAAUUUAUAUGCGUUGCACGUAAAGUAGGCCAUUCCUUUUUUUAAAUACUUUCGUCGAAUCAAAAAAAUACCCUUUUCAAUUGCUAAUAAUUAUUUACAAUAAAGUAACUUGCAGUCUAACCAAUAUAUACUCUAUACCCUUGCACCUACUAGAUAACAAGGGGAGAUAAAUAUUUUGAGCACACAACGGUAACACCUAAAAACCAUUUCAUAGCUUCGGUCAAUCUUAAGAAUUUUACUCACGUAGCUUGAAUAUACCUUACUAAUUAAAAGCCCUCAGCUACCUUAUAACCUUACUGUACCUUCAUUAAAUUUCUGAGUUAUGAACUGUAAUUUGCUAAAUACUAAUAAGGCAAAAUAUCUAUACUUUGGACCCCAAACUAAGAGAGAAAAAUGACAAGAUUGGACUGAAACUACAUGGUUUUUUACGUUUCUUUUAGCACGCUCUAAAAAUUGAUCCAUCCCUGACAAUAAUAAUAGACUAAUGCAGCUUUAACCAAUUUUUAUAAAGUUUACACCACAGCCGUCACAACACAUUUUCUCAUAAAUCGUGCAGUAAAUAUCACACGUUCUUGAGUCUGUCACGCACAAAAUGCACGCACGCCGUCCGAACGGAAAAUUGUGCAUGCAUUAUUUUAACAGAAUUAUAAAAAGUAACUGGCUUUCACAGUGGCUACUGAAUGUAUAGCUCCGAACGCGCGUGCAUGCACCACACAUGCUGUUCACAGAACCUUGUUCAGCUACGCAGCCUAAUGUGAGAACUACAUUACGUACAUAUAUUUUCAAGUAGAGUACCUCAGCUUACCCGAAUAAAUAGUAUGGGAUCAGAGUAUCACUUCAUUUGCGUCUGUGUAAAUGGGAUGCACUGCCUUCAUCGGCUGAAACUUAACACGUUAUUCCCACUCAGUAGGAGCUGUAGCGGGGUUUUGACACGAUGAUUAGCUUGUCCGUCCUGCGAUUACCUAUUACAAUGAUCGUUAAACCUUCGUACGCACAAGCCAAACCUAUUUCGUGCCACGAUCACAUCGUAACCUCGCUAGGCGGCUGCAAAUUCCGAUUCCCAUGAUUAAGAAUUGUUGCCACAACAGGGCUACCAAGAGAUAGAAAAAGCAUCAGUGAUCCAAAAAGCAUUCAAAAGACACUGAAUAGUUGUGCCGUAUGAAUCUGCAACCUAAGAGGUAAGCACGGGGAAAAAAACCCAAUCUCUCCAUCUCCAAUCUCUUCCAACAGAAAGCGCAGUGCCUAGACAGGAAAGCUUUGGCGAAAGACAAUAAACAGUUGCGCCGUACGAAUCUGCAACCUAAGUGGAAAGCGCAAGCGAAAAAACCCAACCCCGAUGACCCCACCAGCAGGGAAGCACAGAUCCCUUCCGACGGGAAAGCGCAGCUUUCACGAGAUGCGUUCCCGAUCUCUAGGUCGACCCAAGGACAAAGGCCGAGAGACACGGUUGUUCGGACAUCCGGUGGUUCGCGCGGCGAGUGUCUCUCCGCCUCCUUCCUCCUCCUCCUCCUCGCUACUCUACUUGCAGAUUUCUCCCUCACCGUAUCCGGACGACUACCCCCCGGACAAUUACCCCCCGGACAAUUACCCCCCUAGGGCAACUCCCACCCAGACAACUACCCCCCUAGUGUUAGGGUUAGGGUUGUCCUAGGGAGGUAGUUGUCCAGGGGGUAGUAGUCCUAGAUUUCUCCCUCACUGGUUGGAGGAUUUUUUCGGGGUUGACGCGAGGACGGCCGACCUUCUCUCCUGCGGUGUCAGCUGAUCCGACUCGACAGACGCGCCCGGCUCUGAAACGGAGACAAGACGCUGCGGCGGUAAACUGCUUGCUUCCCGUCUCUGUGGUGACCUACUAGCUUUCCAUCACCAUGGUA